CUUCCCUUUUGUAGAUGCCUCAAUGCAACUUAGGGGACAAGUUUAGAUUUUUGUGAAAAUACAUUGAAUUGCCACAUUACUUAUGGAUGAAGGAAGGGGAGACGGAGAAUAUGUGUUGGUUUUAAUGAGGUGACCUCCCUGUGUGUACUUCUCACUUUUGAAGCUGGCUGGUGGGCUGGAGCCGCGAUGCAUGACAGGUCAGUCUAUUGCUGUACUUCCAAAAGCACACUCCCGCUCAGAGGUACCCUGUUGAGAAAAAAAUGAACCUGCCGUCCAGAGAGGAAUGUGAGGGAUGGGACCAGGCACAAGUAGUCUUCUUUAUGUGCAAGAACAAAAUGCAAGAAUGUGCUACCACUGUUAACAGACUGAAAAUUAAUGGGCAAAGACUUCUGAACCUGUCUGACAGUGACAUGAGCAAGUUUAGUCUCAUCCACCAACCGCAGCUUCAGAAGAUUGUUCAAGACAUCAAGAAAAAUGACGGCAGCUUACUGAAUAAACUGAGAAGACUGAAAAGCAAACCUCUUCCAAAAGUACCUGCGAGAGACUACAGAGUUGAUGACAGGGAAAGUGAUGACCAGCUGUCUGACCCUGAUUAUGAUAAUGACAUGUAUGAGGAUCUCCGUGAAGAUCAGGACAACAGCUACGAGCCUCCUCCCAGCCAAAGAGUCUUCACCACAGCCCCGACUGCUUCCUUCCCGAGGGGGGAGUAUCUUGACCACUGCCAUAACCGACCCAACCAGCCACCCAGGAAGCCCCUCCGCCCAAACAAAGCCUCCAAACAACUGCCCCCUGAACCCACCCAUGUGGAGAGUGAUGAAGAAGAGUACAUCAGUCCAGACGGCAGUAAUGAUGAUGACAACUACGUUGAACCUGCAGAGGAGCCAGCUUCCAAUCCCAUGAUAAAAGGUGGGAACAGAGCAGGGAGAGACCGACCCAUGUUGCCUACACCUUCACCAGGGCGCCCGCCCAGUCCUGACUUUUAUGAAGUUCCCGACAAAGAGGAAACCUCAUUAUCUCUUCCAGCAAACAGACUGUGCCCGAUCCCUACAAAACAGUCACACUCUUUACCACCUAAACCCAGCCCCAGACUGAAUGUGAGAAGAUCUCCAACAAAUGUCCAAGAGCUCACAGGUGACGAUGAAUAUGAAGUCUGUGAUCCAAAUGAUAGUUCCAGUGGUAAACCUGCAGAGGGUCCUCCUCUACUCCUACCCAAACCUUUGCCCAGAGAGAGGUCACCAAAACCACCAUUAAAGCCGAGGCCUGAUUUAAAACCUAAGGCAUUUGAAUCCCGAACGCUGCCUGUGAUGCAAACUGACCUGAAGCCUCCAGCAAAGGCUUUCACACUGGACUUGAAACGGCCAAAAAUUCCUCUUCCUCAGUCAACCUCCCCCAAACCAGCUAAUGGAGGAAGUGUCUCUGCUGAAAAUGGAUCAAUAAACCAAGAUAAGGAUGCAGACGUGUAUAAGAAAUCCUGGUAUGCAAGCACAUGCGACCGCAAGACUGCUGACGAUGUCUUGGUCCGCUCGAAUAAGGAUGGGGCGUUUAUGGUGAGGAAGAGCUCCGGUCAGGACUCACUGCAGCCCUAUACAUUAGUGGUGUUUUACAAGGGCAGAGUGUACAACAUCCCAAUCCGCUACAUACCAACAACUCAGCAGUACGCUCUGGGAAGAGAGAAGAAAGGGGAGGAGUAUUUCAGCAGCGUCUCCCACAUCGUCGAGAACCACCAGAGGACUCCUCUGGUGCUAAUUGACAGCCAGAGUAACACCAAGGAUGCCACCAAACUGUGCUACCCCAUGAGGCCCUAGAUGACCCUCGUUGAUGGCACAAAUGAUUGGACUUGUGCAUCCUAACCCGCUGCGUUUACUGUCAGACUUUAAAUUACAGAACUCAGUAUGUGAUGCUUUUUUUCCCUGCUUGAUUGUUAAUGUGAAGCCCAGUCAACAGGACUGUAUGCUGGAGCUGCCUGCAUUGCUGGCCAUGCAGAGCUAAAGCAGCACUGACUCAGAAGAUUUUUUAUUAAAAAAUGUAUUAAAAUGAAUGUAAUGGAUGAGAUGUGGUGCUGUAGCUGAAAGAAGCAGGUAGCAAAAUGUUUUGUUUUUAUUUUUUUUAUAGCAAUACUUUGGGGAACCAAAAAAACUAGGUUGUAUAUUGUUUUAAUAAAACUCAUGUGUCGUAUAUUUCAGCUCACAUAUUCAUCACAAAAUGCCACCAGCAACUGACAAACUGGUUCAUUUAUUUUCUGGUCGACAAGUAAUGCUCUCAUAAUCAUGCACAAUUGUUGCAUAACAAAAAAAAA